GGUUCCUGAUUGGCUCUCGUCCAGCUUCCGAUUGUGUUCUUGCGCAUGUCAAGUAACGAAGUGUGCCAGUGAAGAGACCUCGCUUCCUAAUAUAAAACCACAUGGCGGACUAGUGAAGAAAAGGCUGGGUUUUCGUACAAAUUACUCGCUUGAUGGUCUAAGGAAGGCUACAAGAAACCUUCGCAGGCACAAACUGAAACACCUCCAAGGAUAACUGAGUGGGUUUUCAGGAUUGGUAGUCGGCAGAAGGGUUCUUGUGGAAGGGUUAGAUUGAGUGAACCACGUCGAAGUCACACGUUUGGAGGACCAUAUUAUGACUGAGGUGGAAAGCGUUCCUAAACCCGAUUCUGACUUUACUAAGGAAGAAUUACCAACGGAAGAGAACAAUCAUGAUGUGUUGAACAGUUUGGAUAAGGAGAACAGUGAAAAGAAGGAGAAAUUAAGCAAAGGGACAGACGAUAAUGUGACCCCUCAGAAGGAGAAACCUCAAAGGGGCGCAAGUAACGACCUCGCACCACCCCCACCGAAAAACCCAUGGACGAGACAUUUGAAACAACCAGAGGAGGAAGUAAAACCCGAAAAGCCGGCUGUGGUGAAGGGCAGUAAACGCAAGGAAAAGGGGAGCGAAUUUGCAGAUAUCACCAACUGGCCCACCCCGAGCGAACUUUCGGCGUCUUCGGGAUCGAAGGAAGCAAAACCUUCCCCGGUGCAGAAGAAAGAGAACAACGAAAAUGAACAGAAUCUUAACGAAGAAAGUUCAAAGAACGAGAAAGAUACACCUAAGAAAAAAGGCCCAGCUGGAAUUCGUCAAAAAUGGGUCCCCCUCAGUUUAGAAGGAGACGAGGGACAGGUUUCCCCUACUGCAGGCCAGAUGUCGCCAGAGAACCCCUCCACCAACAAAGGCUUCAAAUCUCCAAACAAUAGGUUUGGUUCCACAACCUCGUCAUCUGAUGGAAGAGGGAGUAAUAGGGGAGGGCGAGGUGGCCGUGGCGGAGGGCGUGGCAGGGGUAGGGGUGGAAGACAGAGGUCCCCAAGAGUAGACAACCAGCAAGACUUCCAGUUUAGUCAAGGUUACCAGUAUGGUGGUUACCAGUACUACAAUGGCACCGCAUACUUUCCAGGGCAGCAAGCGGCACAACAAGGCCAGGCGCCGUACGGAAUGACAUACUACUAUAAUACUGCAGCAGCCCAGACACAGCCAUUUGUCCCUGUACCCAUGGAUGAGAAAACGCUGCAGGAGUACAUCAAGCGACAGAUUGAAUACUAUUUCAGUGAAGCCAAUCUGCACAAGGACUUUUUCCUGCGUAAACAGAUGGACGAUGAGGGCUAUAUCCCGAUUGCUCUUAUUGCAAGUUUUUACAGAGUGCAGGCGUUGACGCAUGACAUGAAUCUCAUUCUUGAGACUAUGAAGGACAGUGAUAUUGUAGAGUUGAAUGGGACAAAACUGAGGAAAAAGGAGAACCCGUCUGUGUGGCCCCUUCCCCCAAAUUCCCCCUUAACAGUGCAAAACACCGCCAUUUAUAGUAUGCCUAUUGGAGUUGACCAGUAUGCGUCAGGUGAUCCAAACAGUGCAUAUCCCGGCAGCUAUGACGCAUCAUCUCAAAACUUCUCCCAGGAGAUGGAGGUGGAGGCUGUGGAAAGCACUCACGAGGAGGCUUCCCCAGAAGCCACAGAAAAACCAGCUGCGCCCAAAGCAGAGGGACAGGAUACCAAGGCUGACCUGUCCAAGGAAGAAAAGAACAGUAAAGAACAAACGCCAACACCUAAGAUAAAGUCACCAGAGCCUCCCAAAGAGGACGAGUGGAAGGAAGUGAAGAGAAAAAAGGCAACAAUACCAAAACAAGCAGCCCAAACUUCUGGCUUUUAUAAUACAGAACAAGAAGAGCUUGACUUCCAGUUUGAUGAAGAACUAGAAAACCAGGGGAUGAAACCAACUUUCUCUGCAUCUAAUUACUGGGAUGAUGACUCUGAUGAUGAUCUUGAUGAUCAAGACAUCCAUAAGAUUAUGAUUGUCACACAGACUCCACCCCCAAAGAAACACGACAGAACUGGAGACUUUGUGCCUAGGUCCAAAAUGACGCACGAGCUCUCCAAAGUGAUUAAUGAUGGACUCUUUUUUUAUGAGGAGGAUUUGUGGGAUGAUAGUGAUGAGUCAUAUUUAAGCAAAAAGUUGGAAUUGACAUCUUCCUGGAAAAGAGUGGAUAUCAUUAGCCAAGACAAGUUCCUCUCGCAGAAGGAUGCAUUAGAACAUAUUCGACCACGCUCAUUAACGGAGUCCAAGGAAGUCCCCCCCAUCCCCACAAAAGUACCGCACGCCACGCUGUCGCCCAAUGCUGAUGUGUUUAGGCCACGUUCCACCACCCUUCCAGCAGAUAAUCUGUCCAGGUCAUUACCUACCACCAUGCCAGAGCCCCCAGCCUUCUUGCAGCAUACACGGACACAGGGAUCACGCACACCCAAGCGCAAAGAUGCCAAGACUGCUCCUAGAUUCUUCCCAGCCAUCAGCAAGGAAAAAUUAUACCCAGAAUCUGGACCACAUAAGAGAAAGACCAAGUAUAGCCAUAACCCACCGGUGGAGGCACAUGUGGGAUGGGUCAUGGGCGCCACUGAUUUUAUUCCCCCUGCGAGUCCAACAUUAUCAGACGCUGAGCUUGCAUCGGCAGCAGCUGUUGGCAGCUAUGGGUCAACACCCCAGUCUAUACCACACUUUGAGCAUCCUUCUCAUCGACUACUUAAAGAAAAUGGCUUCACUCAGCAACUCUAUCACAAAUUCCAUUUGAAGUGCUUAAAGGAACGCAAGAAGUUAGGCAUUGGACAAUCUCAAGAAGUCAAUACAUUAUUCCGUUUCUGGUCAUUCUUCCUCAGACAACAUUUCAACAGAAAAAUGUAUGAAGAAUUCAAGAAGCUAGCAGUAGAAGACUCUGCUGCAGGUUACCGGUACGGACUAGAAUGUUUGUUCAGAUACUAUAGCUAUGGCUUAGAGAAGAAAUUCCGACCAGAACUGUUUAAGGACUUCAUGGAUGAGACGAUCCGAGACCAUGACCAAGGAAAUCUGUAUGGACUGGAAAAGUUUUGGGCUUUCCUGAAGUACUACAAGGGUAAGGCAAAGUUUGAGGUCGAUCCUGAAAUUCAAAAGAGGCUAGACAAGUACAAGACAAUAGAGGACUUCAGAAAAGAUCCUAUGAACCAGUUUCCAGUUGAUCCAUACCAUCAUAAGAAAGGGCACCACAGGGAUCACCAUCACAAAGAUCACAAGGAUCAGAAAGACCAUGCUAAGGAUCAGUCCAAAGAUCACAAGGAUCAGAAAGACCAUGCUAAGGAUCACUCCAAAGAUCACCCCAAGGAUCAUCCCAAAAACCACCCUAGUAAGGAUCAAAAGGGAUCAAAAGAGACCAAGGAACAUAAGGACUCUAAGGAUAAGGAUUCGAAAGAGCACAAGGAUCAAAAAAGCCACAACCACCAUAAAGACCCCAGGGGUCACAAGGACCGUCAUCACUCGGACAAGACUAAGGAUAAACCUUCACAAUCUGAACACUCAAAAGGGGUUGAGAACAGUAAUAAGAAUGCUGCAAAAACCUCUGCGUCUGUAGGGCCUUCUAAUAAGGAAACUGCAUCUUCGGAUAAGCAGACAACUAAAGUUGAAGCAAGCAAAGAUAGUACGGUAUCAUCUACAGCAACAUCAUCUAAUUGAUGUAACUAUUUCAUUGAGUAAAAAUAGAACUAGAGGAACUGACAUCUCAACUGAGCAUCAAUUUGUUUGGAUAUUAGAGAGCUUGUGUGUUUGGAAGGAAUUGAUUAGCCUUGAGUAGCUGAAAUGAAGAAAAGCCGUACAUCCGUACAGGAUUUCACUUAAUGCUGAAAGCCACAUUAUUAUGGCAGUUAAUGGAGGGCGAAUCCUCUGAUGAUAACAUUACACAUGAAGUAGUAACACUCAAUAAUAAUCCUGCUAUCGAGGUCCAAGUUGUCAACAAAGUGUUGGUGGUACAAAGACGAUGAUAAUAUCAAUUAAGGUGUUGUAUGGUAAAAUUAUUUCGAAGGCCAAAAACUAUUGGCCUUAUGUUGGGUCUCGUGGAUACGUUAUGAUGGGAUUGACAAUUCCUUCCUUAGAAGAUAGAAACUCGUGUUGGGUGAAGCAUUUGGACAAGUGGCUGUAAAUGCUCUCUCUACAUUUUUGGUUGUUUUACACGCUUUUACAGUGAAAGGCGAUGGUUAAACAGCAGUGCAAAACUGUCUCAGUAGCAAAAUCCAGAGAUUACGUCAAAAUUACAAGCCUAUCAACAGAUAUUUCCAAUGCCAAGUGGUCGUUACGGUUGCAUUUGAAAGCUCCUUGGGUUGAUGGUGGUGUAGAGUUCAUAUUCCUUAUGGAGACUGUCAUCCAGCCAAGACAUCCAAGAUUGAGGUGACAUUUUAGAACCAUAUACAAACUAUUAAUGAUCAAUAGCUAAAUAGAGUAGGCCUUACAGCAUUGACUGAUUAAUUGCUAUAAAAAGCUUGCACAUUCCAAGUCUAUUAUGGAAACAUAUUUAAGAUCUAAAAAUUAGCGAUAUUUUUAUAAUUUAAGGAUCACUUCUGCCGUUGUUUGAUGUACAAGAUGUUAUUCUUUGCUGUUGUAGUUUCAGCCUGUCGUGUAUUUUUGUGGUGUUAACAUUUAAUGCUAUAGAAUGUUUUCUUCCAAAGUAAGUCUUUUAUUUCAAAAUGUUAGCAUUUUGGCUAGCAAGUCAAAAACAUUUUUGCGUUUGCAUUUUGCGUUGUUAUGAGCAUUCCAGAUUUGUUUAUUAUUGGAUUCAGAGCACAACCCAAAAUAACCUGAAAAUUUUUUAAACAUCGCUAAUUGUGUAUGUACGGAUUAUAACUUCUCGUUUUAACUUCAAUUGUUAACAACCAAGAAGAAUUUUCUUCAGAUAUAAUUGCUUUAGCUGAAUCGGCAUAUUGUGUCUAACCAGCUAUAUUAGUUGUAAAUAAGUUUAUGUAAAGUUCUUAUGCUCGUCGUGAUUGUCACUUUUAAUGUUUAAAAAAUAGGUUGUGCACACAGAUAUAUAGCAUAUAGAAUAUAAGUGUGAUUUUGACGUUUUCGGAAAUUAUUUCGGGUAAUAUAUACGAUUUUGUGACCCCCCACAUUUGGGUGUGGCAAAGAAUAACUGUCGGAACCAGCAACCACAGCGUGUUAAGACUGGCAGCAAGUGAGGCUAGGGCAAAAGGGUCUUGUUCAACGAGUCAAUUUCUCGUGACGCUUAUAUGGUUUUAUUAAUGGCGUGCCUUUGAGCUUUAGCUUCAAACCGUACUCGAUUAUCAGAACAAUGGAUGUUUCGUGUCAUUCCAACUCCAUUAACUGAAAUUUUUUACAGAUAUUCGAGUGCGUCUCUUAUGUUAAGGUACAGUCGACUUUGCCUAGUAUCCUCACUUCUUGUCAGUCUAUAUUCACACCGGGAGCAUGUCCCCGACUUAACGCAUGACUCCUGGACAGUUCCAUUCACGGGUGUGGUUCCUUUUACUGCCUUAUCGGCUAGUGUCCGCAGAAGGGUGACAGACAGCUUGAGACACGUUAGUGAAACUGUCUGUCUGGCUUCUACGGAAACAAGCCCUUGAAUUGUGAGGGUUGAUCAUAGCUUGUUCUCGCCCAGACAACUUAGAGAGCUACCUCCCCAAUCGGACAUUUUCUCACCUCAGAUCUCUCACCAUGUCACAUACUUUUUUCACAAAUUGAGAAGACGCAUAACUGCAUUGGAUAAAAUGAGUAAAAAGCUGAUUGGUUUAGCCCUUUUGAGUGACACUAUGUAAGGGUGCCCAGUCCCCCUCUACCAGUGUUUGCUUUUGACGAUAGUGAGAACGAGAUCAAACAAUCCACCAGUUAAUAUAUAUUAGUCUUUAUUUUGUUGGAUAGGGUAUAACUAAUAGAAGCUAAUUUUGUAGUGGGUAUUAUAUAGUGCACCUGUGUAUGUAAGAGUCUUACAAAAAAAAGAACAAAUAUUUGAAAACGCCAA